AUGAGAAUUCAUUCGGGGUCGCUGCCCCAGCGGGCACGCCUACAUGUUCCUCGAAUCCCGACUCUCUCCCACCAAACCGUAUGCGGCGUCCACAACUACGCGCGGACGGCCGCGGUUCUGCGGGCGAACUCCGCGCUGACCACCGGACCUCGUCCAACGCUGAACCGAACGACAAUCCCAUCCAUGACCGAGCAGAAGAGGUGGAUCAGUCAACGGUACUUGCAACGGCUCGAAGAAGCCCGACAGGAAUGGGCCCACUUCUCCCGGCAGAUCAAGGAAGGGAAACGGAAGAAUUUCGCACAGCAUCUUGAAGACAGAGGACUGUUGCACGACGUCGUCGGGGAACGGGAGCUUCUGCACCGCGUGUUCACCGAGAAGAGGGCUGGUAUAUAUGCCGGCGUCGAUCCUACCGCUCCUUCUCUUCAUGUUGGACAUAUGUUACCGUUUAUGGUUCUGGCAUGGGGCUAUGUCUGGGGUCUGCCUGUUCACUUCAUCCUUGGCGGUUCAACAAGCCGCAUCGGUGAUCCUACUGGGCGACUAGCGGGGCGAGAACAGGUCAAAGCAUCGGUUCGAAAGGCAAACAUGGCGUCGAUGCACAUUCAGCUGAAGCGACUCGGCAAGAGCAUUGAGGCUUACGGCCGAAGACAUGGCUACGAGAAGGAAUGGUCCUGGAGGCGGAGUAUUACCAACAAUAAUACGUGGUGGACAAGUGUCACUUUCAUGGAGCUCGUCCGAGAUCUGGGCUCUUACAUGCGUCUGGGCCCCAUGCUUGGGAGGGAUACCGUCAAGAAUCGGUUGGAGAAAGGAGACGGAAUGUCGGUUGCCGAAUUCAUGUAUCCUCUCAUGCAGGCAUGGGACUGGUGGUAUCUGUUCCGGAGGGGCGUGCAGGUCCAAGUUGGAGGCGCCGAUCAGUACGGAAACAUUCUGUUCGGCAUGGAAGCCGUCAAGACGGCUAGCAGAAACACCGCCAACGAGCAGGAGCGCAAUUCGUUGAAGGAUGAAAUCGAUAGGCCUAUUGGGAUGACAACGCCCCUGCUCACGACUUCUUCAGGGGAGAAGUUUGGCAAGUCGGCAGGCAAUGCGAUCUGGCUUGACAAGGAGAUGACAUCCACCUUUGAGCUAUACCAGUUCUUUGUCCGUACUCCCGACGACGUUGUGGAGAAAUACCUCAAGAUGUUCACUUUCUUGCCCUUGCCGGAAAUCGAGAAGAUCAUGGCGGAGCAGGUUUUGGACCCGUCCAAGCGCGUGGCCCAGCAUGCUUUGGCCGCAGAAUUCGUGGAACUCAUUCACGGCAAACAGGAGGCGCACGCAGUCGCCCUCCAACACCGCCAACUCUUCCGCCCAAGAUCCUCCACCGCCGAACCCACUCCUCUCCCUGGCCAGCCCAAGGCCCAUCCCAUCCCUCAGUCGCCGUAUGCAAAGGAUGCCAACAUGGCGUCCGGCAAUAUUUACGCCCCUCAGACGAAUUUCAGCAACAUGCCCGCCCACCGAAUGGAGCUCCCCAGAUCUCUGGUCGAGAAGCAACCUUUACACAAACUCCUCUGGAGUUCAGGACUGGUGAAUUCCAAGAGUGAGGGACACCGUCUCGCUGCGAACGGUGGGGCGUAUGUUGGAAGCCGCCCCGGCGCAAGCGGGCCUAUGUCUGACAGCCUGGAAUACACGCCUAUCAGGGUCUGGCUUCCGGAGAGGACCAAAGAGUUUAUCGUUGACGAAGAUCUUCUGUUCCUCAGAGUAGGCAAGUGGAAGUUCAAGAUCAUCCAGAUCAUUAGCGAUGAAGAAUUCGCCAAGAAGGGACUGACCUGCCCGGGAUGGGAGUCCGAGUGCGCGGAGUCCAAGCCCUGA